CCUUGACUUUACCGCGCUAUCAAGCAAAACCCAGCAAGCAAUAUGUAAACACUUCAACACCAUGAAGUUGCAGUCUUUGAAUUCGGGAUACGAAAUGCGAACUCUCAUUGCCAAACCCAAUGGCUUCUCAAUGCGCAAAACCCCAACAACUAUCCAAUCCUGCUCUCUCCAACUCACGACCUUCGAGGUCAAUCCGUCGCCUUAAGCUCUUUCAAUCCCUUCCCUCAUCUCAGCAUCUAAAUCAUUUCAAUCCUCCAACCAAGUUUGAGUUUUUCAGAUGAUCGGAUUGGGAAAAUCUGGUAGAGCUGCGGCGAGGCUUGCUCUUGCCAGAGGUGCCGCUUCAGUUUUAGCAUUUGACCACAACCCCACUUUGGGCCUCUUAGAGAAAGAUCCCGUGUUUGAGGUGCAUGGUGGUGAUAAUGGUGCAUCGAGAACAAUUUUGGGCCAAUUUGAUGGAGAGUUACUUAACAAUGUGGACAGGGUGGUGGUGUCCCCUGGGGUUCCGCUACGAAAAUAUGGUCUUUCGUCUUUGUUGCAAUCGGGAAAACAGGUGAUGUCUGAGUUGGAUUUUGCAGCUGAAAUUCUCCCAAAAUGUAUCAAGAUCUUAGCAGUGACAGGGACUAAUGGAAAAUCAACUGUUGUCACUUUUGCUGGACAGAUGCUUAAUCAUUUGGGUAUCAACACAUUUUUGGGGGGUAAUCUUGGAAAUCCACUCUCAGAGGCUGCUUUCCAUUGCUUACAGAACCCCCUUCUAAAACCAAAGUUUAAGGUUGCUGUGGUGGAGGUUAGCAGUUACCAAAUGGAAAUUCCAACAAGUAAUUCUGCCCUUCUGUAGCUGUAGUGUUAAACCUUACACCUGAUCAUUUAGAAAGGCACAGGACAAUGAGAGAUUAUGCAGUGACUAAAUGCCAGUUAUUUCGUCACAUGAGUGAUGCCAAGCUUGGGCUUCUUUGUUUUGAUUAAAUAUCACAUAUGGUGUUAAUGCUUGUCAUUGUUAAUUCACAUAAGAAGAUUGAUAUGGAAGCAAAAAUUGCAAGCUUUGAAGUGCCUGCCUUGGGAAUCAAUUCUCAACUACAAUUGGGCGCAAUGACCAUGAUUGGAACACAGAACUGUCACAAUGCUGCAGUUGCUGCUUUAUCUGUUGUUGGACUGGAUGUAGGACUUGAUGUUGAAGCCAUUGGUCCAUGUAUAGAAAAGUUAAGGCCACCACCUCAUCGUAUACAAAUUGUAUGCAAGGAUAUGCACGGGGUAACUUGGGUUGAUGACAGCAAGGCAACAAGUGUAGAAGCUACGUACACAGGACUAAUGGGUCUUAAAGAAGCAAAAGUCUGUGAUUCUACUUGGUGGCCUUGUGAAGGUUGUGGACGGACAUGUGUCUAACGGUUUUGAACAAUUGAUAGAACAGUACCACAGAUGUGUAAUCACUGUAUAUAAUCUUUUCUUCACCAAGUUACAUACAUCAGUGCUUUUGGAUUCUAUGUUACAGGCCACAUGCAUCUAUCUUUGUGCAACCAAUUUUAAGUUAACUGGCAUACUAAUGCUAUAUGUCUAAAGUUUAGAUCUUCAGAACUGCUGAUUCAAAGGACAUUAUCCGAUAGUGGUCUUAGUAUACCCUCCAUCAGAGCAGAAAAUCUGAAGGAUGCUGUCAGCUUGGCCAGGAAGAUGGCAGAACAUGGGGGGACGUUAUUUUACCAAGUCCAGGUUGUGCAAGCUUUGAUGAAUUUAGAAAUUUUGAGCACAGGGGGAUGGUUUUCCAGGAGCUGGCUUUUGCAUCUUCUUAAGUUCGGGUUCACUGGACUAUAAGUUUCGAUAAUGAGUUUUUGCAGGAUGAAAUGAGUUACCAUUUACCUAAGAUCAGAUAUACCUCUUAGAAGCAUUUGCCAAAACCUAACUGUAACUUUUUCCCAUGGAAAUUAAUUUGUCAUUUUGUAAGAUUAUAGGUGAGGAUAGUACAUAUGCAUGACAAAUUGCAAGUAGUUAUGUACAACAAUACAAAUCAAGGUAAUUAGUAGUUACACCUAAAUUAAUUGUGGCUUACAUUAUAUACAAUACUAUUCUAGCGGAUAAUUAUGAAACCUAAACUCAAAUCGGAGAAUAUAAGUCGCCUGUAUCCCUACUUGACCAGUGGAGUCAUAAAAUGUCUUACUAGACAUAUCUUUACUAAAUAACAUCUACCAGUUGUUCUUCCUUCACUAAAGAGGCAAAAAAAUGUAUUGAUAGUGUU